GGAGGGACACAAACACACACAGAAAGAGAGCAGAAACCUCAGCCAUUCGUUAAAUGAGAGGCUAUCCAUAAUCUCAUCCUCUCUUGGUUUCAUUUCAGUCACUCCCAACUAGUCCUUCUCUCUUCUACUCGAUAAUAAUCAAAUAAAAAGGAAAUAUAAACAGCCUCAGAAUUCUCUCUGUGUCUUUGCUACUCCAUCCUACUGGUCGUCUCAUCAUGGCUUCGGCUGUUCUUUCCGUGGCCAAACCAUCUCUACAGGCAACUGGAAAGGGAUUUUCUGACUUCUCUGGCCUCCGCAGCUCAACUGCUAGCGUUCCCUUUGGGAGGAAGACCACCUCAGAUGACUUUGUUUCAGUCGUUGCCUUCCAGACCUCUGCUGUGGCAAGCAGCGAUGGCUACAGGAAAGGGGUACCGGAGGCGAAGCUAAAAGUGGCCAUAAAUGGGUUUGGAAGAAUCGGAAGGAACUUCUUGAGGUGCUGGCACGGCCGCAAAGACUCCCCUCUUGACAUCAUCGCCAUCAACGACACAGGUGGUGUGAAGCAGGCCUCCCACCUCCUCAAGUACGACUCCACCCUCGGCAUUUUCGAGGCUGACGUGAAGCCUGCGGAUGAAGGCAUUUCCGUGGAUGGCAAGAUCAUUAAGGUGGUGUCGGACCGCAACCCCGUUAACCUUCCAUGGAAGGACUUGGGGAUCGACCUGGUAAUAGAAGGAACAGGGGUGUUCGUGGACAGGGAAGGAGCAGGAAAGCACAUUCAGGCAGGAGCGAAGAAGGUGCUGAUCACUGCCCCUGGCAAGGGAGACAUCCCAACCUACGUAGUGGGAGUGAAUGCAGAUGCCUACAACCCUGACGAGCCCAUAAUCAGCAAUGCUUCUUGUACCACGAACUGCCUAGCUCCCUUCGUCAAGGUCCUAGACCAGAAGUUUGGCAUCAUCAAGGGUACCAUGACCACCACUCACUCGUACACCGGGGACCAGAGGCUUCUUGAUGCUAGCCACCGCGACCUGAGGCGUGCUCGGGCUGCAGCCCUGAACAUAGUUCCCACAUCCACAGGUGCAGCAAAGGCAGUCGCUCUGGUGCUCCCAACACUCAAGGGCAAGCUCAACGGCAUAGCCCUCCGUGUCCCCACCCCCAAUGUCUCGGUGGUGGACCUGGUGGUCCAGGUCUCCAAGAAGACGUUUGCUGAGGAGGUCAAUGCUGCUUUCAGAGACAGCGCCGACAAAGAGCUCAAGGAUAUUCUCUCUGUUUGCGAUGAGCCCCUGGUUUCCGUGGAUUUCAGAUGCAGCGAUGUGUCUUCCACAGUCGACUCCUCCUUGACCAUGGUUAUGGGAGAUGACUUGGUCAAGGUCAUCGCUUGGUACGACAACGAGUGGGGUUACUCUCAGAGGGUCGUCGAUUUGGCUGACAUUGUUGCCAACAAGUGGAAGUAAGCAAAGUAAUUCAUUUUGCCACUCCACUCCACUCCUCUCUUCCGCAAUUUUUAGUAGUUUGUUUUUCUCUCUCUUUAUUUUUUGCUCUUAUUAAUUACAAUUUGUAAUGAUGAGAACGUACUACGCUAGCUGAACCAUUUUCUCUGGCUUGUCAAUAGCAGUCUCAAAUAUUGAUCAUCAA